GUUUUCUUGUCAAAUCGAACAAAGCUGCAUUACUAUCAUAUUUGAAGUGGAUUCAUUUAUUCAUUGUAUAAGCCUACAAUGCAUUUGUUGCAAUCAAUUUGUUAAAUUAUUAUUGGUUUGAAUAUGCUGCAAUUAAAAAAUAGAGACUCUUUGAACCUUGAAGGAUACACGAUAAUAAUACCCAGUAUAUGUGUUGGCAAUGCAGCACAACUGGCUUGUGAUUUGUUGAUUGCAUCGAAAAAAAUGCGGCGAGUGGGAAAUCUCAUCCAUCCAGCAUUGAUUCCUGUUUUUGGCCCGUCAGCUUACCAACAUAAUCCGGAAGAGAGGGUCGCUGCUUGUGAAAUAUAUGAAUGUACUGCCAAUAAAUUGGUCGUUUUUCAAUUUCGAACUCCUUUCAUCUCCCGUCAUUCGCAGAGUCUACAUAAUUACCUAGCGAGGCUAGUACGUCAUGCUGAGAGAGUGGUUAUACUCAGUGCAAGUUUCGGCUUCGAGAAACGUGAAAUAGGUACUUCGCCAUAUGAAUACUCCGUUUCAGAUAGCUUUCGUCAAAAUCACGAAGCUCAAUUAGCUAAUGUAAAAUGGAAGGAAUUCAAAGGAAAUACAGUGUUUGGCGGAGGCAACGGGUUGCAAUUAUUUCACGUCUUAGAAGAAAAACAAGUGCCUGUAAUGUUGCUAUUUCGUUAUGUUCUCGAAGGCGAUAAUUCGACAGAUGCUACACUCAUAAUCCGGGAACUAAACGAUUUGUGUUCAAGCUUUUUACGAUUGGAAGUAGAGAAUAAAUCCAUAAAGCUGAUUGUUCCAGUAUCAUGGAAAUUAUUGUUUGGAAACGACGUAACUUCUUUAAUCUUUUAGUUUAAAUUAUUGUUUAUUUUAAUUAAAAGGUGUGUGUUAAAUCUACAACUUUUUAUUAUAAUA